CCGAUCGAUAUUAAUCUUCCUUUCGACAAAAAUAUUACUCUGAACCCUAAUUCCUCUUUCGGUCUGUAAUUGGGAUCCGAUUUCUCGUAUGGAUUCUCUGCUCGCAAAUUACGCCUCCUCAGAUGAAGACGACGGCGAAGAACAACCGCUGCCUACAGCGCCUGCGGGAAAGCCAGGGAGAUCGAAACCGGAAUCGAUAGCCGGCGGCAACGUGGACGGAGACUUUCUUCCGGAUUCCGGCACGAGGCGCGGCGGGAUCUUCGGUUCCCUACCGCCUCCGACGAAAUCAUCACUUUUCAAUUCGCUUCCCCCGCCAAAAUCCGAUCAUUUGCCUCUCCCUAAGCCUGAAGGAAAAGUCGAUCGGAGAGCAGAAGCAGAUGAGCGCGAAGGGAUUUCUAACCCUAACCCUAAGUCAUCGUCUUCUACAUCGUUGUUCUCUUCUCUUCCUUCGCCAAAGUUGACUGCGCCAUCUUCUUCUUCUACCAGCUCUAAAAAGGUUGUUCAAUUCAGACCUCCGACGAUGACGAGUGCUUACGCCGCUCGUGCUGACUAUGAAGAUGAUGAUGAGGAAGAGGAUGAAAAGGAAAGGCAGAGGAAGAGAUCAAAAGCAUCGUUGUCUACAUCUUCUGCAUCGUCGUUCUUGUCCAGCAUUCCUGCCCCCAAGCACUCAACAACAUUAGGUGCACUGCCCUCGGCAUCCGGUACUGGAAGGAGAUCCAUGCUUGAAACUGAUACUCCAGCCUCCAGUGCAAGUACAGUUGGGGCCGAGGUUGCAAAUGCUGAUGAUGGAUAUACGAAGGAUCAGUCUAGUGAAAUGGUGUAUGACUAUUCUACCCAGGCUUAUUACAGUGGUUAUAGUUCGGUCUCCAGCAGUGGCGUAGGUGUGAAUUCAGAUGGUUUGAGUGGCGAAAGCCAUGCUUAUUAUGGCACUUAUAACGUUGGUUCCACAGCAGGAGAUGAUGCGAAUGUUAACACCAAUUUAGGAUCCUAUGAAGGUGUUGAUUAUUCCUAUGUGAAUGAGCAAAAUGUGGGAUAUACAGAUUAUGACGGUGGUUAUGGUAAUAAUGCACAGUAUGAGGAUAAUUGGGUCACUGUUUCUGCUGUGCCUGAAGCUUCGGGAGUAAUUGAAAAUGUCCUGCCGGUGCCUGGGAAGAGGGGCAGGAAAGAUGUUCCACCACAAAUAGUCGAGGUGAACCAGGAUGAGUUGAUGAAAAAUCGGCCAAGACAAGACCAGGUCAAAUUAACUGGGAUUGCAUUUGGCCCAGCAUAUCAGCCUACAUCAACUAAGGGUAAACCCACAAAGCUGCAUAAGAGAAAGCAUCAAAUCGGGGCUCUGUAUUUCGACAUGAAACAGAAGGAGAUGGAGCUGGCCGAGAGACGUUCUCAGGGCCUCCUCACCAAAGCUCAAACCCAGGCAAAAUACGGAUGGUGAGCUCAUUCGCAAUACCACAUUAUACUCCAAUUCAGCUUUUUUGCACUGCCCCCUUUGUGAUUGUAAAGCAGAAUGUUUUCACUUUUCGCAACUCUCUCAAAUUAAAAUCUAUUGUCAUUACAUUUUGCUGUGCCGCUCAAUUAUUAUAGCUCGCUGUGGUGUGGAUUAUGGUCAGUUUUUAAGUUGCAAUGCAGUGCCGAUUGUGUUGUUGCCUUAGCUUCUGCAUUGUGCUUUU